GAGAUUGAACAAAGAUCGCCCCGAACGCCUAUAAAUUCAUCGACCCUCCAUUGACAUCGAAUCCAUACUCGUGUUUUUCUACAGUUUCAUAGCAAUGGCAGGUGGUUUCGGCAUCCAAGGAGGAGGCGGCGGCGGCAUCCCCAAGGAUUAUCCUGGGAAAGUCACCCCUUACGUUCUCUUCACAUGCAUCGCGGCGGCCAUGGGGGGUUUGAUAUUCGGGUACGACAUCGGUAUUUCGGGCGGCGUGACAUCCAUGGCUCCGUUCCUGAAGAGGUUCUUCCCCGCCGUGUACCGGAAGGAGGCGUUGGACCAGUCCACGAACCAGUACUGCAAGUUCGACAGCUUCACGCUGACUAUGUUCACGUCGUCGCUCUACUUGGCAGCACUCGUGGCCUCGUUCGUUGCGUCCAAGGUGACCAGGAGCUUGGGGCGAAGGUGGUCCAUGUUGCUAGGCGGCAUAAUCUUCCUCUGUGGCGCUAUCAUCAAUGCCGCUGCUCAGAACAUCGCUAUGCUGAUCAUAGGCCGAAUUCUGCUCGGCAUCGGAGUCGGCUUCGCGACUCAGUCCGUGCCGCUCUACGUGUCGGAGAUGGCGCCAUACAAGCACCGCGGCUCGCUCAACGUGCUCUUCCAGCUGUCCAUCACAGUGGGCAUCCUGUUCGCAAACGUGGUCAACUACUUCACCCAGAAGAUGGCCAACGGCCAAGGGUGGCGCGUGAGCCUCGGCGGCGCGGCGGUCCCCGCCCUCAUCAUCGGCGUCUUGGCCUUCAUCCUCCCCAACACCCCCAACUCUAUCCUCGAGAAGGGCAAUCCCACCAAGGCGCGGGACAUGCUCCGGCGCAUCCGGGGGGUUUCUGACCACCAGGUGGAGGCGGAGUUCAACGACAUUGUGGAGGCGAGCAAGGCGUCCGAGGCUGUGAAGGACCCGUGGAGCAAACUCAGGAAGAGGAAGUACCGGCCACACCUGAUCAUGUCGGUGCUUAUCCCAAUGUUCCAGCAACUUACCGGGAUCAAUGUGGUCAUGUUCUACGCGCCAGUCCUAUUCAUCACCAUCGGGUUCGGGAAUGAUGCAUCGCUCAUGUCUGCGCUUAUCACCGGUGGCGUCAAUGUAGUUGCAACACUCAUCUCCGUAUACGGAACUGAUAAGUGGGGACGUCGCCGUCUCUUCUUCUGGGGUGGUGGGUUGAUGCUCAUCUUUCAGGUGGCGGUGGCAUCCCUGAUCGGCUGGAAAUUCGGGGUGACGGGCCAAGUGGACAACCUCCCCGGGUGGUACGCAAUCGUCGUGGUGAUCUGCAUCUGCGUCUUCGUGUCCGGCUUUGCCUUCUCGUGGGGGCCGCUAGGGUGGCUGGUGCCGAGUGAGAUAUUCCCCCUGGAGAUCCGGUCGGCAGCUCAGAGCAUCGUCGUGUGCGUCAACAUGUUCUUCACCUUCCUGGUUGCGCAGAUCUUCCUCACCUUGCUCUGCCACAUGAAGUUCGGCCUCUUCAUAUUCUUCGCCUUCUUCGUCGCCGUGAUGACCGCCUUCAUCUACUUCUUCCUGCCCGAGACGAAGAACAUCCCAAUCGAGGAGAUGUCCCAAGUCUGGGAGCAACAUUGGUACUGGAAGAAAUAUGUGGCGGUAGAUGGACCGCCGCUGCCGGUGAAAGUUUAGGCACUCGAUUUUCGCUGUAGUUAUAUUUAUAGGAAUUGAUUUGACUAUUUUUUUUCUCAUUCUUGCAAUUUCAGUAUCUUAGGAUCUUGCUUAGGUUUGAAAGAAACAUCUGACGUACAGAGAGGAUUUCGCAUCAUCGUGUAAACGAUGUGUUUUGAGAAUGUGAUUCAUUUAC